AUGGUGUUUAUGGACAAGCUCUGCAUUCCACAGGAGGACGAGGCCCUCAAGGAACGGGGCAUCUUGAGCCUACCCGGCUUCCUCCAUCGCUCGGAAGAGUUGACCAUACUCUGGUCAGAGAGGUACUUCACAAGGUUGUGGUGUACUUGUGAGCUCAUCACAUUCCUUCGUGACCCGAAGAAACGCCAGCGAGUGCAAGUGGUCCCAGUGAAGCUUUGCCUGCUUCUCUUUCUCAUGUCCAUCUCUUGGCAAUUUCUGGCAGCAGGCUACUACGUUGCCUACCGGGUCGAUGCCAGUGCUCCAGGUACAUCAGUAGCUGCCAGGGCUCUCUUCCAGUCCGUGGCCUUGUUCGUCCUUCCUUUGCAAAACUAUGUCGGCUUAUGCCUCAUGGCCGAGAUCCAAGAUCUUCCCAAGCAGUUGCAAAGCUUCAGCAUUCGUGCUGCUGAGUGCGGCUGCUGCACAUCCAGCCAUGUGAAUCCAAAGACCGGCGCGAGCAUCCCGUGCGAUCGAAAACUGGUUUUCGAAGCGCUGGAGCGCUGGUAUGGGAGAGUUGGAGCCACAGAGGAGGAGUACCUUGCCUACUUCGACUCUUUGGUUCAACAGCAGGAGUUGACGGGCCGAGUUCUGAGCGGGAUACAGGGAUCACUUCUUCCUUUCAAAUAUGUCCUUUACAUGGUUACGAGUGCCAACUUGCCUUUUGUUUCUGAUUACAUGUCUAAAAUUGCUGCUGGUCCGGGAGAACGUUUGGCAGAACAUCUGGUGGGAUUUGACAUCAUGAUUUGGAGCAUGCGCAUCUUCUUUGACUGGCUCAACUUCUUCCUCGUCAUACUGCUUGCCGUGCAGCUGAGCAUGCUGGUUUGGAAAGGGGGGGCUUGUUGGAGGUACUUUUCCCGCCGUUGCUUGGCAUUUCUUCUGGUACCUCCGACGCUGGCGUUUGCAAUGACAUGGGAGCCCUAUCGUAGUACCAUGUCACGGACGCCAUCAAAUAGCCUGCUGCCUCUCAUUCCAUUCACUGCCCUACUGUUCAUCAACUUGGUUUUUUUUGUGCCACUUAAGUGGGUCACAAGCUGCAGCCGUCUGGAGACACAUCCUCAUAAAACCCCAGCCAGGCUGGCCAUGCCAGCAGAGCAUGAGGGUGAAGAUAGCCACGGUGUACCAGUUGAAGCUGCAAGCUCGCGUGACCUUAUUUCGUUGUAA